UCAUGUAGAAAACAAGUAAAGAAUAUCGGAGCUUGCGGUUGUUUAGACUUCAGUCAGUUGUUAUUUGUUAUCCUCAUGGUUCGUUUUUUUUUAACCAUCAUCAUCUUCAUUGUUGAAUGAUAAAUAGUUAGAAAUUAGUUUAAUCGUGAUUCAAAAUGUCAUAAAUAAAAUCAGUGUUACAAAUUGACAAAUGACAAUGUCAAAAAAAUAAAUUAACUGUACGAAAAAAAAAAAAAAAAAAAUGAUAAUAAAAAAAAAUGUCAUUUAGCUGUUAAAAUCAGGCGUUAAUUAUUCAACAUGAGCAAUGCUAAAAAUAGUAUAUAAAAAGAUCGGCCAAUCAGCCAACUUUACGACAACCACAAAAUAUUUCAAUGUAUAAUUUUGCGAUUGAAAAAUUAAAGACAACUGUGUGUCUCUUCUUGGAAAUAUAAAUCCAAAUAAAUCGUUAUAAAUAAUAUAUACAAAGAGGAUAAAGGAAAAAAAAAAAAAAAAAAGUAAUUAAAUUACUAUAAUAAAGUGUGUUUGUGAAAAUUAGUGGUGAUAAUAAUUAUUAUUUAAAUGACAAUAUACAAAUAAAAUAAAAACAGUGAAAAAAAAAAAAAAAAAAAUUGUGAAAAAAUUAUGAAGCAUCAUAGAAUUAAGAGUGAACUGGAUGUGAUGCAGGUUGGUCAAAGAGACCGGUGAAUGUGUGAUACGGGGGGCAGAGAUCUGCCGGAAUGACGUGCGAAGAGACGACCGAGCGGCCUCCGGUAGACGACUGCCUCCUUGAACGGAAAUGGUGGUGCUUUUUACUUUCAAGCAUAUUCACCUUUCUCGCUGGACUGCUUAUUGUACUAUUAUGGCGGGCAUUUGCAUUUCUUUGGUGUCGUAAAGAGCCUGAAUUUGGUCCAAAUGAUCCAAAACAAAAAGAACAAAAAGCCGCCCGACAAGGCAAAGAAUUUGAGGGUACGUUUAUGACAGAGGCUAAAGAUUGGGCUGGUGAACUUAUAUCAGGACAAACAACAACUGGACGUAUUCUUGUGGUACUGGUGUUCAUUCUCAGUAUAGCAUCACUUGUAAUAUACUUUAUUGAUGCCUCCAAUAGUGAGGAGGUCGAACGCUGCCAGAAGUGGAGCAACAAUACAACUCAGCAAAUAGACUUAGCUUUCAAUAUAUUUUUUAUGGUCUACUUUUUUAUACGCUUUAUCGCCGCCAGUGACAAGCUGUGGUUCAUGCUGGAGAUGUAUUCAUUCGUUGAUUAUUUUACGAUACCACCGUCUUUCGUCUCGAUAUAUCUUGAUCGGACGUGGAUCGGGCUUAGAUUUCUUCGUGCCCUACGACUGAUGACGGUUCCAGAUAUUCUCCAGUACCUCAACAUUCUAAAAACAUCAAGUUCCAUACGUCUCGCUCAACUCGUCUCCAUAUUCAUAUCCGUCUGGUUGACUGCUGCUGGCAUCAUUCAUUUGCUUGAAAACUCUGGAGAUCCAUUCGAGUUUUUAAAUCCACAGCCAUUGUCAUAUUGGACAUGUGUUUAUUUUUUGAUUGUGACAAUGUCAACAGUUGGAUAUGGUGAUGUUUACUGCCAAACUGUUCUUGGCCGCACAUUCCUUGUAUUUUUUCUACUCGUCGGUUUGGCCAUAUUCGCCAGUUGUAUCCCCGAGAUAAUUGACCUGAUCGGGACGCGAAACAAGUACGGCGGCACUUUGAAGAACGAGCGAGGUCGCAGACAUAUUGUUGUUUGCGGUCAUAUAACCUACGAGUCAGUCUCCCACUUUCUCAAGGAUUUUCUACAUGAAGAUCGUGAAGAUGUUGAUGUUGAAGUCGUAUUUUUACACAGGAAACCACCAGAUCUCGAGUUGGAGGGACUAUUCAAACGGCACUUCACCACCGUGGAGUUCUUUCAGGGGACCAUCAUGAAUCCCAUUGAUCUGCAACGGGUCAAGGUUCAUGAGGCUGAUGCAUGCCUGGUACUUGCCAACAAAUAUUGCCAGGAUCCAGAUGCCGAGGAUGCUGCAAACAUAAUGCGUGUUAUUUCAAUUAAAAAUUAUUCAGACGAUAUACGUGUGAUAAUACAACUCAUGCAGUAUCACAACAAGGCCUAUUUAUUAAACAUUCCAUCGUGGGACUGGAAACAAGGUGACGAUGUCAUAUGUCUUGCCGAAUUAAAAUUGGGUUUCAUUGCUCAAUCCUGCCUGGCCCCCGGAUUCAGUACGAUGAUGGCCAACUUAUUUGCAAUGAGAUCUUUCAAGACGUCGCCGGACACUCAGGCGUGGCAGAAUGAUUACCUGCAGGGAACGGGAUGCGAGAUGUACACGGAAACCCUGUCCCCGUCCUUUACAGGGAUGAGUUUUCCCCAAGCCAGCGAGUUAUGCUUCACAAAAUUGAAGCUAUUGCUUUUGGCUAUUGAAAUCAAGGGAGACAGUGGCUCUGACAGUAAAAUAUCAAUAAAUCCACGUGGUGCCAAAAUUGCUGCCAAUACUCAGGGAUUCUUCAUUGCUCAAUCAGCUGACGAAGUCAAGAGGGCCUGGUUUUACUGCAAAGCCUGCCAUGAAGAUAUCAAAGAUGAGACACUCAUCAAAAAGUGCAAAUGCAAAAACUUGGCGACAUUCCGGAAAGGCGUGAGGGCCGUUCAAAUGGUCGGAAGAGCAAGUGAAGACCUCUCGUACCCAAACGACCAUCAUCCUCCUCCCACAUUUACUCCGCCAGAACUGCCCAAGAUGGUUCACGUGAGAGGUGAAAUAAGUCGUGAUCGAGAGGAUCCAAAUGCUGUACGAAAUCAUAGGAAUUCAGUUGGUAUGACAGUUAUUAAUUCAACAAAACAAGUAAACAAAGUCAAGCCAAAUGUCAACAGGACAUCAAACGAUGGAUUAUCAAGUCCAAAUCAACCUUACAAUCCGAGAUCGCAAGAGGAGUCCGCAUAUGCUGGCUAUCAUCUCGCCUACGAAGUCAAAAAACUCAUGCCAACAAGUAGAGCUUCUGGUGGAUCAAAUGUUAAUAAUAGUACUGGUCUUCAAAUUGGUAUUGCUGAUGAUCAAGCAAAAGAUUUUGAUUUUGAAAAAACCGAAAUGAAAUAUGAUUCAACUGGUAUGUUUCAUUGGAGUCCAGCACGUAAUCUUGAAGAAUGUAUACUUGAUCGUAAUCAAGCAGCAAUGACUGUAUUAAAUGGUCAUGUUGUUGUUUGUUUAUUUGCUGAUCCUGAUUCACCAUUAAUUGGAUUGAGAAAUCUUGUAAUGCCAUUGAGAGCUUCUAAUUUUCAUUAUCAUGAGCUUAAACAUGUUGUUAUUGUUGGAUCUGUUGAUUACAUUAGACGAGAAUGGAAAAUGUUACAAAAUUUACCAAAAAUAUCAAUUCUCAAUGGUUCACCAUUAAGUAGAGCAGAUUUACGAGCAGUUAAUGUUAAUUUGUGUGAUAUGUGUUGUAUCCUGUCGGCAAAAGUGCCUAGCAAUGAUGAUCCCACCCUGGCUGACAAGGAAGCAAUUCUUGCAUCUCUCAAUAUUAAAGCCAUGACAUUUGAUGAUACAAUUGGAGUUUUAAGUCAAGUUGGCAGUCCCAUUGUAUUGCAACGACGUGGUUCAGUUUAUGGUGCAAACGUGCCAAUGAUUACUGAACUUGUAAAUGACAGCAAUGUACAAUUCCUUGAUCAGGAUGAUGAUGAUGAUCCUGAUACGGAACUCUACCUCACACAACCAUUUGCCUGUGGCACUGCCUUUGCUGUCAGUGUACUUGAUUCAUUAAUGUCAACGACGUAUUUUAAUCAAAAUGCACUGACACUCAUACGAUCAUUGAUAACUGGUGGAGCAACACCUGAAUUGGAAUUGAUUCUUGCUGAAGGAGCUGGUUUAAGGGGUGGCUACAGUACUUCAGACAGCUUGGCAAAUAGAGAUAGAUGUCGUGUUGGACAAAUAUCAUUGUAUGAUGGUCCAUUGGCUCAAUAUGGUGAGGGAGGUAAAUACGGUGAUCUCUUUGUUGCUGCAUUAAAAUCAUAUGGAAUGCUGUGCAUUGGACUGUACAGGUACAGGUUUCGUGAUACAAGCUCAUCAUGUGAUGCUUCAUCAAAGCGUUAUGUUAUUACAAAUCCGCCAGAUGAUUUUACACUAUUACCCACUGAUCAGGUAUUUGUAUUAAUGCAAUUUGAUCCUGGUCUUGAGUACAGACCAAACAGAGGUGCAAGAGGAAAGGACGAUGCCUCCUGACUGUUGCUGUGUAGCGCCCUAACUGAUGGACCUUAUUCCUACAUUUAAAUAAUAAUCACAGGAAGGCUCUCUUGUUGUCUUGUUAUUUAUUUAUUUAAUAAUAAUAACAUGUACAUCAUAAGACAUAGCCAAAAAGGUUCAAGGGCUGCUACACAUUGUCUAGUUUUUAUUAAAUAAUAAAAAAAAAAAAACAGUAGUAGUACUUUUUUCAUUUUCAAAAAAAGAAAAUGUGCACGAUAAAUGCUCACAAUAUAAUUAUAAUAAAAUUAACAAUAAUAAUAAAUUACUAAUAUUAAUAAAUUAAUUAAAUAAAUAAAUAUAUCGACGAUUCAAUUUGAAGAAAACAACAAUUGUCCAUUUUGUUGAAUUCGACGUCAAGUGACAAUCCCUGCCUCCGAGUAACUGAUGCUGUUUAAAUUAUUCAAAGAAAAAAAGACUUCAACAUUAAGUGUUGAAAGAUAAUUAGUUUAAUAAUAAUAAUAAUAAUUUAAAUAUUUUAAAAAUUAAUAGUUCGCCAAAUAAUGAACAAAAAAUAAAAACUCUUUUACGGUGUGACAAUUAUUAUGUGAAAAAUAAAUUAAUAAACUUUGUUUUUGUGUCAAGUUAAAAAAAAGUGAAAUUUUCAAAAAUUAAAUCAACAUGAUAAUGGCAACAGAACGGAGUGAUCGGAACUAAUCAAUGUAAAUCUUCACCUCGUGUGUCUUGUUUUAAAUGAGUAAAUCAAGCACUUGAUUUGUACAUAUGCGUACGUAUUUAAGUACGUUCAUGAAAAUUAUAAAUAAUUUAACAAAAGAACGCCCUUUUCCACCGAGAAUUUGAUUAUUAUUAUAAAAAAUAAAUAAAUAACGAAAUAAAAAAAAAACAUGUAUUUAUAGUAUACAUUUAAAAAUGUAUAUGAAUAUGUCAAAUAAAAAAAAAAUAAAUAAAUACCUAAUGAUAAUAUUAAAUAUAAAAUAAAAAUAGGACAUUCUCUCUUUUAUAUAUUUUUGUGAAACUCACGUGUGUAUAUAUACGGACGUACAUAUUAUAUAAUAAUUAAAAAUAAUUAAUCAAGAUAAAUUGAAUAUUGACGCGGGUCAGAUAUUAAGUUAGCUUUAAUUUAAAUAAAUAAAGAGUGUAAAAAAAAAAAAAAUAAAAAGACAAAAAAAGAAGAAAAAAAAGUGGCAUAAAAAUUCUCUAGAGCAACACACACAACACACACACACACAAACACACAUACUUAAUUAUAAAGUGAAAAAAAAAAAAAAUUUUUGUUGGACAGUUUUAUUAAAAAUGUAAAAAAUAAUUAAUAAUAAUAAAAAAAAAAGAUGGUAUUUUAUCGCGAGUAAUAGGUAUUGUAAUAGGCUUUGAAAUAAAAGAAAAAAAAAAAAAAGGAAUAAAAGAUGUCGAAAUGUUAAAGAAAGAAUAAAAAAAAAUAAUAAUAACUAGCUGUGGUAGAGAUUGCCGUGUUCGUAUUUGCAUAAAUCGUGUAUAACUUUUGCUACCGCCGCCAAAUUAAUAGCUGCUGUUGCAAUAUCCACGUGCACUGUUCACUGCCAUUGCAGUUUGUGUUAUCAUCGCAUAUUAGUUGUAAGAAAAAAAAACAAUCUUUAUAUACAAAAAAAAAAAAAAAAAAAGGAAAUGAUUGAGGCGAGAGGAUUCAAUUUUUGGCGUACUACUAUUACUAAAUACUACUACUGCUACUACUGCUACUACUGCUACUACUAGGAUUAGUCUCCUGUUGUACGAGAUGAUAGUAUAGAUAUUUAAAAAAAAAAACCACUGGAACGAAAAAAAUAAAAUAAAUGAUAGACUAUUAUAGAUAAAUAAAUAUUGAAAUUUGUACAAUUGAUUGAGCUGACAAGUUGAGAGCUUUGUAUCAUAUAACGAAAUGAAUUUUAAUAAUGAUUAAUCUUGUUGUAAGAUGAAUCAAUAUAAAUUUAGUCACUAAAGUCUAAAAUGAUGACAGCCAUAACUUUUGAAAAUAAAAAAUUGUAUUUUAAUAUCCUUCUCGCCUCGAUGAGAUUAUAUAAAAAAUUUGUGCAUCACAAUUGUUCACUUAAAAGUUUUAAAAGAAUUUAAAAAAAAAAAAAAAGAAAAGCCUUUUGUAGAAUAUUAGAAUGAUCGUGACUGCGUUGACAACGCGAGCUAGUUUUUGACUUUGAAAAAUUGUUUUUAUUUUAUUAUUACUACUUACUAGUUUGCAUACACAAUAUUUAACAUUUUUUAAAAUAUAUAAAUUUUUCAUAUAUUUUUUCGUUCGUUCCAUAAAAAAGUCUGUCGACUUUGUACUUAUUAUAUUUAUAUUUAUAAUACAUAACGUCACAAUCUGGCUCGUAAUGUCUAUGAAGAAAUAAAAAUUAUUUACGCACUCUCUUUAAUAAUUAAAUCAUGCACUGAUAAAUCGAUUCAUUCAUAUUCUCUUC